AUGUCACCACCCAGGGGGGCAAGGUCCACUUCCUGUACCACAAGCAGCACCAGCAUUGACCAUCCGGCCCCACUGAGGUCUGGAGCAGGCACUGGACCACUACCUCUCUCCCUGGCCCCAUCCUCAGCCGGGCAUCUUCUUAGCCUGACACUUGUCAGGCCUUCCCUGGGCGCUGGCUUACCCAGCCCCCAGCCUCACCCCCUGGAGUUUGCCACUUCAGGCUCCCACCCUUCACGCUGCCUUACAAUAAACAUUGCCAACUGCUCACCAGCUGACUUUCUGCUCACCGCUCCCCAUGUCCUGCCCAGAGGGCCAGGCAGGGAGCCUGGUCAGGGCCCAGGGGCAGCCCCACAGGUCUGGCCCUUGGUGGCCUUUCCCUGCAGGGAGCUCAGGGCUGGGGAUGGGGUGGGAUGGGAAAGACCUGAGUGCUCACAGGCUGUGGGCCCCGAGCCACUGGCCUCCUCGGCUGGUCUACCUUUGCCUCCUUGCAUUGUCACCUCAGAAAUGAGUGAACAGGGAUGUAGGGACAUCAGCUGUGGCCCCAAGAAAGAAGGAGCAGCUGCCCAGCCCCCAAGGAGCUCCGGCUUUCUCUGGGAGGAGGAGGAGGAGGGGCGGAGCCACCGGGGCAAAGCUCAGCUCCAGCUCUUGCCAGCUCCUCCCUCUCCCGGAGCCCCUGCUCUGGGAUGGAAUGAUAUGAUAGAUUGGUAG